CGCUGGCCGCGCCUGCACCUACACCAAACCUACAGCAAACUGAGCGAGGAGCAGAGCCAUGCGUCGCGAGGGGAGGCAGCGCGGGUGGGUGUGCGUGUACGACCGCGCCCUGGUCGACCCCGAGGGGAAGCGCCGCGUGGUGGGCGCGGUGGCGGCGCCGGCGACGGUGGCCAACGGCGGGUUCAUCAGGGCGCCGCGGAAGCCAACCAACCACUCCAAGUUCACCGGCGGCCGCGCCUUCAGGGAGCUCGCCAGCGGCAAGGGCGCCUGCAGCGGCGGGCCGGCAGCGUCGACGACGGGUGGUAAAGGGAGGCACAAGUUCAAGCACGACGAGAUCAAGGCGUACUACCUCGAACUCGAAGCCGGCGCUGAUGAUGCUGUCGAUGAGCUAGGAUCGCUAUGAGUGACAUGGAUUCGUGGAGGCAGAUGGCAUGCAUCACCGGAACGGCGGCACGGCGGCAUGCAGCUGCCACCGUCGAUAGGAGAAUUGCAGCGGCGGCGCUAAUUGACAUGGCAGUUUCCUGUUUUGGUGUGUAUGUGUGUGAGUGUGAGUGAAACUGUGUUGUGAAUGUGGAUCUUUUUAGUUUGGUGUUUCGUUGAAUAAUUGAACUUUCUCGCCACAAAUGAGUUUGAAUUCAGGUCCUAUCA